GGCUGACGCAAGUCACGCAACGGACAAAGCAACCGCCGCCACACGAACAGCUCCACCCUCCCACCUCCACCUCCUCGAGCGCCACGAGAAAACCUUCGAGAACCUUCUAGAACCCUUCGUUGGGCCCUCUCCGCCCGCCCGCGCGCGAGAGGACGAUGGAGGUCAGGGGUCUGGGGCAGCUCCUGGCCGCGCUCGCCGCGGCGCUCUUCGUCCGCGCCAUCGCCGGCCCCGGCCCCGCGCUCCUCCCCACGGCGGCGGCGGAGGAGGACGAUGACGAGGACGUGGAAGCCGGAGGGGAAGGAGGCGGCGUGCCCCCCGUGACGAUAAGGUGGGCCCGCAUCACCUGCGCCCUCAAGAACAAGCGCGGGGACGUGGCGAGGUUUUUGCUGUCAAAUGCGUCCGGGGAGGCGAAACCAGGGCGGCUGCUCGCACUCAUGGGGCCAUCUGGGUCCGGUAAAACGACUCUGCUCAAUGUGCUUGCUGGUCAGCUCACAGCAUCCCCUUCUUUGCACCUUUCUGGGUAUCUGUACAUCAAUGGCCGGCCUAUGUCAGAACGUGGCCAUAAGAUUGCUUACGUGAGGCAAGAGGACCUUUUCUUCUCACAGCUUACUGUUUGGGAAACGCUCUCGCUUGCUGCUGAACUUCAGCUUCCUGACACAUUGACUCCUGAGAGGAAGGAAAGCUAUGUUAAUGACCUUUUGUUUCGGCUUGGGCUGGUUAACUGUGCUGACUCAAUUGUGGGUGAUGCCAAAGUACGUGGAAUAAGUGGGGGUGAAAAGAAGCGUCUCUCACUUGCAUGUGAACUGAUUGCUAGCCCUUCUAUCAUCUUUGCAGAUGAACCAACUACUGGCCUUGAUGCUUUCCAGGCAGAGAAGGUCAUGGAGACUCUUAGACAGCUUGCAGAAGAUGGACACACAGUGAUCUGCUCUAUACACCAGCCUAGAGGUUCAGUUUAUGGCAAAUUUGAUGACAUUGUACUACUGUCAGAGGGAGAAGUUGUAUACAUGGGGCCAGCAAAAGAGGAACCUCUAACGUACUUUGCGUCAUUGGGGUAUCAUUGUCCAGAUCAUGCGAACCCUGCUGAGUUCUUGGCUGAUCUCAUUUCUGUGGAUUAUAGCUCUGCUGAAAGUGUGCAGUCAUCACAGAAAAGGAUUGCAAACCUUAUUGAAGAAUUUUCUAAUCAGGUUACAAUUGCUGAAUGCAACAGUUCGGUAACAAAACCAGAGGGCUCUGAAUUUUCUGCCAAAUUUAUUCAGAAGUCCAGCUUCAAGCAUAGACGUGGGUGGUGGAGACAAUUUCGUUUUCUGUUUAAGAGAGCAUGGAUGCAGGCUUUCCGUGAUGGACCAACAAACAAAGUGAGAGCAAGAAUGUCUGUUGCUUCAGCAAUCAUAUUUGGAUCUGUGUUCUGGCGAAUGGGGAAAACUCAGACCUCCAUACAAGACAGGAUGGGCCUUCUUCAGGUAACUGCUAUAAACACAGCAAUGGCUGCACUGACAAAGACGGUGGGAGUUUUCCCAAAAGAACGGGCUAUCGUUGACAGAGAAUGGGCAAAAGGUUCCUAUGCACUAGGACCAUACCUUUCUUCGAAGUUAUUGGCCGAAAUCCCCAUUGGGGCAGCAUUUCCAUUGAUAUUUGGAUCCAUUCUAUAUCCAAUGUCUAAACUUCAUCCUACAUUUUCUAGAUUUGCCAAGUUCUGUGGCAUUGUGACUGUUGAAUCAUUUGCCGCAUCAGCCAUGGGUCUUACUGUUGGAGCUAUGGUUCCCACAACAGAAGCUGCAAUGGCCCUUGGACCAUCCCUUAUGACGGUUUUCAUUGUUUUUGGAGGAUACUAUGUUAACCCUGAUAAUACCCCUGUCAUUUUUCGCUGGAUCCCCAGAGUGUCCCUAAUUAGAUGGGCCUUCCAAGGGCUUUGCAUUAAUGAGUUUAAAGGUUUGCAAUUUGAGCAACAGCAUUCCUAUGACAUUCAAACUGGUGAACAGGCUCUUGAAAGGUUUUCAUUAGGAGGAAUCCGCAUUGCAGACACGCUUGUUGCGCAGGGUAGAAUUCUGAUGUUCUGGUACUGGUUGACCUACCUUCUUCUGAAGAAAAAUAGACCAAAGUACCAGCAGCUUCUACCGCCCUCCGAGGAAGACCAAAAUAAGCGGAAAGUGAAGUGAGUGUGAUCAUCAACAUUGGCACUUUGGCAGCAAAAAGAGAAGCUAGCUGCACCUUCAACACAGCAUCUCGGCAUGAGAGGAUCCCUACAUCAUUCCGCAAUAUAAUAAUUCGCCGCCCAAGCCC